AUGCAUUUAUGUGUUCUUAACAUUUAUUCGCUUUAUUCGCUUUAUUCGAAAUUCACCAGUGAGAGCCGCCGCCUGUCAAGCACAGCACCGCAUCAGUCGCCAACAGUACCGCGGAUUCCGGGGUGGGGAGGGACGACGACAUCCCGGGCAGCUACCUGCAUUCCCCGCUACUGCCGAUCUUGGCUACCGACCUACUGCUACAGCCGUUCUGCGUCCCAUAACUACACCCCAAGCGACGGCAUCCGAACAGUUGCCCGUUGCCGCCAAGGUGCCUUUCGUUGCCCGCCAGCCGCGCGCACUCCAAAGCAAAAACGCCCGUUAGCGGACCCGCCAUUAGUCGUUAUCGGAUUGUUGCACGGCAGGCCUAUACAUACCGUACAGUACGGCAAAUACUCGUACGGCGGAGUGAUGCAAACGAGUUUGCUGGCCACCGCUCCUGAAUGGGUGGUGGCUAGCUGUGUCGGCCAAUUACGGCAUUUGUACGACACCCAAACAGCGCCGUUCCUAGCGCCGUUUGCCGACUAUGCUUCGUGUCUACAGCGGACGCGGGAACUCGAGGUUCGCCUUCUCCAGCUAGACAAGGAGGGUGCCGAGCUGCGGGAUGAGAACGCGGCGCUGCACUCGCGGCUGGCGGCGGUGGACUUGGCGGCGGCCGCCAACACGGCAGCGCAGUUAGAGGAGACCCGGGCGGCUCUCAGCCGGGCGGAGAGGGAGCUUGGGGUGCUGUACAGGGACAAGGCAAAUCUGCUGGAGGAGGUGGUUGGCGCCAGCACGGCCCUCACCACCGCACGCAGUGCCUUAGAGAGCUCCAAUACACAGCUGUCCCAGUCCCGUGCCGAGAUCUCGGCUCUUCGCGAGCAGUUAUCGGCUCUGGGGGGCUCCCUGGAGUCGGAGCGGGCCGCGCGAGUGGCGGCCGCCGCCGAGCUGGCGGCGGCGCUGGCGGCGCGUGACGGCGCACUGGCGGAGGCGGGGAGGUUACGACAUGAGAAUGCCGUACUGCUGAGGCGGCUCAUGGAGAUGAAGGAGGGCGAGGCGGGCCGACUGAACGACCUGAACCGCAUGCACGAGGAGCUUCUAGAGCAGGCGACGCGGAUGCGGCAGGAGGCGGAAUUGGACCGUCAAGCCACUGAACUGAUCCGUCAGCGGGCCGUAGCGGCGGCGCUGAGUGGGGUGGCUGUAGCUGGGCCGCUGGGGCAGCCGCCAGGCGCAGCGCCGUCGGUCCUGGUUGCGGCGCCGUCGUUGCUGCCAACGGCAACCGCUGGGGAGGCGCCGCCGGCGCCAGCCACUGCUGCGGCCGGCGGCGGCGGCGGCGGCGGCAGCGGCCUCAGCAGCGAGUGGGUCGGCGCAACGGCUGCCAUACAGCUGGGCGGCGGCGGCGGCGGCGGCGGCGGCGCGCCGCCUCUGCCGAUACCUACCAGCUUGCGAGAGGUUAUGGGGCUGCUGGCAGGAAGUCCAUCCUAUGGGAAUGCCGGCGGUGGCGGCGGCGGCGGUACGGUAGGGUUGUACGACACAUCUGUACGGCCGCCGGAGCUGCGAGUUCCCGCGCGCGUGCCGGUUGCGGUGGUUGCAACGGCUCACAAGGGCGGUUGUAACUCUUUGGCGCCGCAAUGCCCCGGUCAUUUUAUCGCUUCCUGCGGCUCCGACAAGACUGUGGCGUUGUGGGAUAUAGCGCUGGUGGCCGGGCCGGGCUGUCUGGGCGCGGCUACAGCCGCCACCGGGGGCGCAUCAGCACUCACAUCUGGGAGCUUGACGGCGGGUGGUGGUGGUGGUGGAGGAGGUGGUGGGGUCUGCCACCUGAGCCCUGCCAUAACGCUGAUGGGGAUGACUGGGGCGGUGAAUGAUUGCGCUUUCACGUGCGAUGCGGCGCAGGUUGUGGCGGCGGGGUCUGAUAGGGCCCUGCUGGUGUGGGACGCCACGUCAGGCCGCCACCGCCACACGCUAACAGGGCACUCGGGGCCGGUGACGGCGGUGGCGUUAUCCCCCCUGGACUGCAGACUGGCGGUUAGCGUCAGCAGAGAUGGGAAUACGGUGGUUACAGGUCAUCUGGACGGCAGUGUACUGCUUUGGGAUGUACGGCAGUGCCGUGCCGGUGCGGCAGCACCGCUGAUGGAGCUCCGCGGCGGCCCGGGGGGUUCUCCCGUACACCGCGACUCGGUGGUGGCCACCGCCUUCUCAGCGGACAUGAGCGCCCUGCUGACCGCAGACAAGGCGGGGGGCCUUUCAUUCUGGUCGAUGGAAUAG